AUGGUCCAAUCGAUCCCACCCGGCGACAUCACCACUCAACCCAACGCCAAGAUCGUCUUCAAUGGCCCCUACGAGUUCAAGCACAACAUCAAGGUGAUCAACUCAAGCAAUCGUCGCAUUGGAUGGGCCCACACGGCAACCGAUAUGGAGCGUCUCGAAGUCGACCCACCAUGCGGUGUCUUGGACCCGAAGGAAGCCAUCUUAGUCGCGGUUUCAUGCAAUGCCUUCGACGUGAACUAUGAGGACACCAACAACGACCGCAUCACCAUCGAAUGGACCAACGCUCCCGACGGUGCCAGCAAGCAAUUCCGCCGCGAGUGGUUCCAAAGCCCCAAAAUCCUCCGUCGAAAGGAUCUCCUCAUCGAGUAUAAUCAC